UCCGCAAUCCCCCCGCAGGUAUCUCCUUCACGCCGAAGGAGGUGGGGGAGCACGUGGUGAGCGUGCGGAAGGGGGGGCAGCACGUCACCAACAGCCCCUUUAAGAUCGUGGUGGGGCCGUCGGAGAUCGGCAACGCCGAGAGGGUGAAGGUGUGGGGCGCCGGGCUGAGCGAGGGGCGCACCUUCCAGCUGGCGCACUUCGUCGUGGACACGCGCAGCGCUGGGUACGGCGGUCUGGGGCUGUCGGUGGAGGGGCCGAGCAAGGUGGACAUCCACUGCGAGGACGCCGAGGACGGCACCUGCAAGGUGUCCUAUUGCCCCACCGAGCCCGGCAGCUACCGGCUCAGCGUCAAGUUCGCCGAGCGGCACGUGCCAGGGAGCCCAUUCACGGUGAAGGUGAGCGGGGAGGGCAGAGUGAAGGAGAGCAUCACCAGGGCCAGGCAGGCCGCCUCCAUCGCCGCCAUCGGCAGCGCCUGCGACCUCAACCUCAAGAUCCCAGGCAAUUGGUUCCAGAUGGUGUCAGCCCAGGAGCGUCUGACGCGCACGUUCACGCGCAGCAGCCACACUUACACGCGCACGGAGCGCACGGAGAUCAGCAAGACGCGCGGCGGGGAGACCACGCGGGAGGUGCGCGUGCAAGAGUCCACGCGCGUGGGAGCCGAGCCCUUCCACGGCGUCUUCGGGGGAUUCCUUGGAGGAUUCGGGGCGGCAGCGCGAGGACAGGAGGAUGCAGCCCCCCCGGAGCUGACGGCUCAGGUGCUCAGCCCUUCGGGGCAGCGCUCGGAGGCGGAGGUGCAGGCGGGGCCGGGAGGCGCCUAUAGGGUGCGCUUCGUGCCGGAGGAAUUGGGACCCCACAGCGUGGCCGUUAAGUUCCGGGGGCAACACGUGCCGGGCAGCCCCUUCCCGUUCACCGUCGGACCCCUCGGUGAAGGGGGGGCGCAUCGCGCCAGGGCUGGAGGGCCGGGGCUGCAGAGAGGGGUGGCCGGAGUGCCAG